UUAGCACAAUAUUAUUAUGGAUUCUCUUUUAGUCUCAAUUUAUUCAAUUGCCUUAAUCCUCUUAGGAGCUUAUCUAAUACUACGUCGGAGAUAUUCCUAUUGGGCAGACCGUGGUGUUUUGCACGAUAAACCGAAACUUAUUUUUGGCAAUAUUCGCGAGUUCGGACGUACCAAGGCCCUUUUUAUUAUUAUUCGGGAAUAUUAUAUGAAAUACAAAGGAAAAGCAAAAUAUGUUGGUUUUUAUCUAUUUAUACGACGUACAAUACUUAUACUUGAUUUGGAACUUAUAAAAAAUGUGCUUAUCAAGGAUUAUGAGUACUUUCCCAAUCGUGGAACUUAUUAUAAUGAGAAGGAUGAUCCGAUAUCAGCAAGUAUAAUGCAUUUGGAUUAUGAAAAAUGGCGAAAUAUGCGUGUUAAACUUACUCCGACAUUUACUUCGGGAAAAAUGAAAUUUAUGUUUCCAACUGUGGUUGAUGUUGCCACCCAAUUAGUUGAAGUUAUGAGAGAUGCACAUGAAUCCGGUUCAUUUGAAAUGGGUAUUGAGUUUGAAGAUAUAAUAGCACGAUAUGCAGUAGAUGUCAUCGGAAGUGUUGCUUUCGGUUUAAGUUGUAAUAGUCUCAAGAAUCCUGAAGCAGAAUUUAAAGUGAUGGGUGAAAAAGGUUUUCCUUGCAAACAUAAUUGGUUAGUGCACUCAUUUAUGAACUCAUAUCCGAAUUUAGCAAGAAAAUUAGGUGUGAAAUAUCAUUUCGAUGAUGUUGGAGAAUUUUUUUUACGAAUUGUUCGUGAAACUGUAACAUAUCGUGAGAAGACUGGAACACAACGAAAGGACUUCUUAAACCUGCUUAUAGAUUUAAAAAAUUCAGAUACGGCAGAUCCUAUAACUAUGGAACAGAUAACAGCACAAGCAUAUGUAUUUUUCACUGCCGGAUUUGAAACGAGUUCAUGUACAAUGAGUUUUUGUCUAUAUGAAUUGGCUCUGAAUCAAAUGGUGCAGAAUAAACUUAGAGAGGAAGUUAUGGAAGUACUUACACGUUAUGAAGGAAAAUUUACAUAUGAAGCAAUGAAUGAAAUGAAAUAUAUGGAAAAGGUUUUAAAUGAAACUAUGCGAAAGUACUCUAUUGUACCAUUUACAUUACGCAGAGCAAUUAAGGAUUAUGUUAUACCGAAUACAAAUCAUGUGAUUGAAAAAGGUAUGGAUGUAGUGAUACCUAUCGAUGCAUUGCAUUAUGAUCCAGAAUAUUUUCCAAAUCCAGAAGAGUUUAAUCCAGAACGAUUUUCUGCAUCGGAAGUGGAAAAACGUGACUCAAUGUCUUAUAUACCCUUUGGCGAUGGACCUCGUAUUUGUAUUGGUAUUAGGUUUAGUAGAUUGGUUAUUAUGAUUGGUUUAGUAAUGAUAUUGCGGAAUUAUCGUAUUUUGCCAACGAAGAAAACUGAAAUUCCUCUUCAAUUUAGCCUUCGUAAAUUUUUCAUGGGUAGUAGAAAUGGAAUUUAUUUGAGAACCGAGAAAAUUUCUUAAAUUUAAAGGGUGAAUGCAAGACUGUAUUCUGUUAAGUUUAUGUUAAUGUUGUAUUAUAAUAAAAAUUUUAUAAAAGUAUCCUCUUCAAUAAACCUUUGCAGGAUGCAUGUACUGUCCUAAUAAAAAUUUUGUUUGUAAA